AUGGCGCUAAUCCUAAAAUCCUCUCAGGAAUUCCUCGCACAAUCUGAGGGAAUCCCAGACACCUCUUACGUUACUCUGCGCAUUUUUGUUCUAAACGCCUUCACUAACGCUCAUAUUCCACCUACAGAUUUUCUUAACCUGGACAAGGAACAGAAGCCAACCGAGUCUAGGAUCGAGAGACCGAGGCCGAGUCUGGGAUCGAGAGACGAGACCGAGUCUGGAUCGAGAGACCGAGACGAGUCUGGGAUCGAGAGACCGAGACGAGUCUGGGAUCGAGAGACCGAGAGUCUGGAUCCGAGAGACCGAGUCCGAGACCGAGUCUGGGAUCGAGAGACCGAGUCCGAGACCGAGUCUGGGAUCGAGAGACCGAGUCCGAGACCGAGUCUGGGAUCGAGAGACCGAGUCCGAGACCGAGUCUGGGAUCGAGAGACCGAGUCCGAGACCGAGUCUGGGAUCGAGAGACCGAUCGGAUCGAGAGACCGAGACCGAGACCGAGUCUGGAUCGAGAGACCGAGACCGAGUCCCGAGACCGAGUCUGGGAUCGAUCUGGGAUCGAGAGACGAGACCGAGUCUGGGAUCGAGAGACCGAAGAUCGAGAGACCGAGUCCGAGUCUGGGAUCGAGAGACCGAGAGACCGAGUCUGGGAUCGAGAGGACCGAGACGAGUCUGGGAUCGAGAGACCGAGACCGAGUCUGGGAUCGAGAGACCGAGACCGAGACCGAGUCUGGGAUCGAGAGACCGAGUCCGAGACCGAUCUGGGAUCGAGAGACCGAGUCUGGGAUCGAGAGACCGAGUCCGAGACCGAGUCUGGGAUCGAGAGACCGAGUCCGAGAGACCGAGAGAAGUCUGGAUCGAGAGACCGAGUCGAGACCGAGUCUGGGAUCGAGAGACCGAGUCCGAGACGAGUCUGGGAUCGAGAGACCGAGUCCGAGACCGAGUCUGGGAUCGAGAGACCGAGUCCGAGACCGAGUCUGGGAUCGAGAGACCGAGUCCGAGACCGAGUCUGGGAUCGAGAGACCGAGACCGAGUCUGGAUCGAGAGACCGAGACCGAGACCAAAUCUAGGAUCGAGAGACCGAGUCCGAGACCAAAUCUAGAUCAGAGACCGAGUCUAGGAUCGAGAGACCGAGACAGAGAGAAUCGCAAACAGACCGCAAUGGCCAAGCAGUCUCCCGUGCAUGCGUCGGGAUCGGUUUCCUCCCUCCAGCGAUCACGUUCACAUUUCGCAAUCGAUCCCCGGAGCCUUGGCCAUGCGAGGUGUCGUCCGGCCCCUGAGGUUCCGAGACGAAAUGAACCUUGGCCUCGGUCAACAGUUUUGAAGGUAACCUAA